CACAAUACUCCUUGUGUUGUUAGUCAUCCUAUUGCAAUUUACAUUGGAACGAUUGCUCACCUGAGCAGGUACGCUGAGAGCCGUUCUGCAGAGGAUAUAUAACGCUUCUCGAGUUCGGCGAAGCGAACAGGACGAACUCCAUCAAGCCAAAACUUCGUAGACAGCGACGAUACAUCGUUACUGUCCCUCUCAAUCAUCAUGCCACACGCCUCAAGAUGGAGAUUGUCCAUCCCAGAAAUAACCAUACCUUCCUUCAUGUUCGGCUCUGCCGAUGCCAGCCUUGAUGACAACGAAAAAAUCUUCGUCAAUGCCAAACGUCCGAGUGAACAGUACCUUACUCUUCAUGCUUAUCGAGAAUGGGCGAAGCGGUUUGCCUCUGGUCUGCAGCUCUCGGGACUGGAAGAAGGAGAUCGCGUCAUGCUGUUCUCCGGCAAUGGCAUCUUCAAUCCAAUUGUCGUCAUGGGAUCGGCCAUGGCCGGUGCCAUAUACAACAGCGCCAAUCCGGCAUAUACUCCUCGCGAACUUGCGCACCAACUGAAAGACGCCGACCCACGGAUUAUCCUUGCCGCCGAUAACUGCAUUGAUCGCGCAGUCCAAGCUGCAGACAUGAUUGGCAUGGACAAAAGCAGGGUCUUCCUCUUCACUGACCCUCCGAUGGACCACACAGCACACCUACAGAGUCCGAAUACAAAACACCAGCAUUGGAUCACGCUCAUCGCCGAGCCAGAAGCGGGCAAGGCCUUUACCUGGAGAGAUCCAACAGUUUCAGACUCUGCCUCGCGCACCGCACUUCUAGUUUAUUCCUCGGGCACGACGGGUCUCCCAAAAGGCGUCGAGCUCACGCACCGUGGCGUUAUCGCGAACGUGCUUCAGCUCAAGCAGAUGCAAUUUUCAAAGGGCGACAAGUCUGCAAGACGAAAUCUGUGCGUUGUUCCCAUGUAUCACGUUCUCGGUCUGCAUUAUUACACUUUCACCGCACCUAAAUGGGGCAUUCGGACGGUGUUGAUGGAGCGCUACAACCUGCCAGAUAUGUUGGACCACAUUCAACGAUUCAAGAUCACAGACUUGCUCCUCGUUCCUCCGAUCUUGGUGGCCAUGGCGAAACACCCCUCCGUCCGUGAUGGAACAUGUGAUGUCAGUAGUGUACAGAGGGUUAUAGCUGGUGCCGCUCCUAUCGGCAUGGAAGUGACGAAGCAAUUUGAAGAGCUUUUCGGGGGCAGAUUGAAGGUGCGGCAAGCAUGGGGCAUGUCCGAGACACCAGCUAUCACGUUGUGCUGGGAUGAGAGGGACCACCAGGGUACCUCGUCAAUCUCCAUCGGUGAACUCAUACCGGGCUGUGAAGCUAUGCUCGUCGAUGAAGAUGGCCGAGAGGUCACCGGCCCUGGGGACCCGGGCGAAUUCUGGAUCCGCUCCCCCAACAUGCUGAAAGGGUAUUGGCGUAAUGUCCAGGCCACCAAGGACACAAUCACGCCGGACGGGUGGUUGAAGACGGGCGAUAUUGCAUACAAGGAUGAGGCUGGUAAAUGGUACAUGAUUGACCGCAAGAAGGAAUUGAUCAAGGUUCGUGGAGCACAAGUCGCGCCCGCCGAGUUGGAAGCGUUAUUGCUCGAACACCCUCAGAUCGUGGAUGCAGCCGUGAUUGGAAUCAAAACGCCGACUGAUGACGAGGACCCUCGUGCUUAUGUGGUGUUGACUCCAAACGCUACGACGACGGCUGAGGAUGUGAUCAAGUACGUCAAUACGCGCGUGUCGAAGAUCAAACACCUCACUGGUGGUGUUGUGUUUAUUGACGCCAUCCCCAAGAAUCCGUCUGGCAAAAUGCUUCGAAGACAACUCAGGGAUCGUGCUGCAAAGGGCGCCGCAACAUCAAAGUUGUGA